AUGUAUACGGGCUAGGUGUAGGUGUAUUGGCUGGUAUAUAUACGUACUUAGCAGUAUCAUCGGUAUCAAACACCUGUGCCACUCUGUUUGUCACACAUCAUAUCCGUGACAUUUUAAACAGUAUCUUAAUUUUAAGUCUAUCCAUAGUCACAUAUGGAGCUCCACUGGACGAAAAAGUGUUCAUUUUAAUCCGCUAUGGUUCAGUGUAUACAGUGAUGAAGAGUCUCCGGCCUGGCUGCCCUAGGUACAUGUAGGAGACUGCAGUGUGGCUAUACCCAGUGUGGCUGAUACAGGAGCGCUAGGCUGAGUUGAUGCGGAAGAUAUUUGUGUGAGCGGGAGUGACAGAGAGAUUGUCGCAGGGACUGUAUGGUGUUGUGACACUGUGACAGGCACUGAUAAUGGUGAGGACAUCAAUUACAGGCCAACGAUACCAUCUAAGCCACAGCACAGUUCUACAGCUACAUGUAUAGGUGUGUGGCCCUGGAUCCACACCACAGGUGUGACUCCACACUCUCACUGUCAUCGGCCAACUUUCACAACUAGGCUCAUUAUCAGGCGAUGUUGGUGUCGAGGAUUGUAAACAAAGUUAUUGUGUGCAGUGUUAUCACACAGAUGCUGCAGCUCACCACAGGAAUUAGGCACAAACUAAAUGCCAUGAUUUAUAGUUCAAAGAAGUGAGAAUUAAAAAUUCUAGUUACAUUCCAGGGCACCAUUAUGUAAUAGGAAAAUAAAAACUUCUGGCAUUUGAUUAGUUUUGGGACAACUUAUCAUAUUUGUGAAGGACUUAAACAAUCUGGAAAGAAUUUCAUUAUUGCAUGUGUUCAUUUAGCUUCCCAAGUAUGAAAUAUUGGAAUAUUGAAUGGUGCGGAUGAUGUGACGUUGACUGUGACUUUGUGAGCUGUUCUAUGGAUGAGAUGCUGACACACUAUGGGGUCAAGCCCCAGUUCACCUGUUAGAGACGUCACGGAGAAAUUUUGGGUGCCGCCAGCGGUGAUCGAGAGGAAGCGGGCUCAGAGCUUAGUGCCUGCCCUCUCUCACCAUGACAGCGAUGACGAUCCUAGUUCUGGUCCAGUCACUCCUGGAUCUCUGUCUGGUCUUCGUGAGAUGACCUUCACCUUCUCUAACGAGGGGGUUGGCAUAGUAACAGGAUCAGACGGCUUGCCUCCCCUACCUUCACAUCGCCCUAGGAGGGCCUCCAUGCAGGACGCCAUUGACCUGCGCAAGAUAGACACCAAGCUUUAUGACAGAAAGCAUAUGUUACAACGCCAGCACUCUUUGCCCUUGAGUCGAGAGGAAGAGAACCUCGGGUCAGUCAACUUCAGUCUCACAUAUAAUAAAGAGACACACCUCCUCACAGUCAACAUAAUCCAGGCUGCUGAUCUGACCCCUCGUGACAAUUGUGGUAACCUUGACCCCUACUGCAAGGUAUCUCUUUUACCUUCUCAUCGCAGCCAACUUCAGACUAAGGUCCACAACAAAACUGUCAACCCUAAAUUUGAUGAGGAGUUUAUCUUUGAUGUGUCGCCUCAUAAGCUGCCUUUCUGCUCUCUGGAGAUACUGCUGCUGGACUUCGACCAGUUUUCGCGACACGAGAUAAUCGGUCAGAUCAAGCUUCUGCUUGAUUGUGUUGAUCUACAGGAGCAAGCCGUCCUAUGGAAAGGCAUCUCGCCAAUAGAAAAAUCCAAAAGUAAAGAUCAGAAGGAUUAUGGUGACAUCAUGUUUUCCAUGACAUUCCUGUCUAGUGCAGAGCGUCUGACAGUUGUGGUCACCAAGGCGAGGAACCUCCACCAUCUUGAGGAAGGCAAAUUACUGGAUGCUUACGUGAAGGUGUCCCUACUUCACAAGGGUAAACGUGUGAAAAAGAAGAAGACUUCGGUAGUUCACCAGUCACAGAACCCGACAUGGAAUGAGGCUCUGGUGUUUAGUGUGAGUCGGGAAACGCUGCGCCACCUUUCCAUGGAAAUGAUGGUGUGCCAUGAAAACAAGCUCGGAAAUGACAAUCUUAUCGGGCGAAUUAGGAUCGGAAACGAAUCCGAAGGUGAUGAGCGUGUUCACUGGAAUGAUUUGAUAUCGUUUAGGAGUGCGAUGGCUCGCUGGCAUCCAUUGUCUCCCCUCUGACGUAGGUGUGCGUGGUAGUGACCCUCGAACACCUCAUCAUACAAAACUUACCAGUGACUACAAAACAACAUUUUGUUGAGCUUCUGACAUUGGUAGAAGUCAAACAUGAAGAGAUAGAGGUAAAACAAAUGGAAAAAUACAUCAAUGAAAUAUUAAUAUGCCCAUGUAUCACCUCUUGAGAAUGCUUUGUACAAACUUUCACUUGAAAUGGAAUGGGAAUUAUUUUUACCAUCAAAAUGAAAUAACAUUUUGUUUGAAUGAUAGUUUUACAAUUUAUAUUUUGUAUGUGUGAAAAAUGUUCUUGACAUAGCGCAAUAAUGUUAAAUUUUGGACAGGCUUUGUAGUCCUAGAUUUUAGCUCUCCUUGUCUGAAAAGUCAUUCAGCUAUCCAUGUGUUAUCUGUCAAUAUUUUUACAUUUCCAAAAUCUUAAGAGGCAGUUCCACAAAUUAGUCUAAAUUAAGGCUGAACCCAGCAUUAUCAUUAGCAGAACAAGAUGUGAUUACAAAUUUGUUCAAAUAGCAUGCCCAAAAAAAAAAAAAAAAGCAAAUGCAUUUUGGAAUUUUUCACCUGCGGUAAAUUUAAAUUUCUAUUUUAGUAAAAAGUGUUACCCAAGGUCAAAUUUUAUCAUCUAGCCUUGUACAGACAUAAUGUAAAGUUAUUUGCUUUGAAACCAUAAAUGUUGAAACCAUGAUUUAGUUGAUGAUUUUGAUAACUAACUCAUUCACCCCUGAAAUUUCAUAAUGAACUAUUCCAAGCUUAGAAUCGGAAAAGUUGAAAUGUGUCUUCAGGGAUGAAUGAGCUAAAGUCAUUCUCAGGUGUCAAAGUUAAAGGAUCCCUGUACCACUGCCAAAAACUGUAACUUUUGUAUUGGGAAAUGAUUUUUCUGGCAUGUUCAUAGCGUUGAUAAAUCAUAUCCAAAAAAGAAAACCAUACUUUACCCGUGUUUUGACAGUGGUGGGACAGGGAUCUUAAACAUUUAUAUACACUUAGUUUCAAUUAAGUAAAAAAAAAAUACAUUUCUUGACAGAUCAAAGAAAAAAGACAGUUGAGCAAUACAGGUCCCAUUGGCCUCAUAGUCAUAAAAAAAUCUGCAUAAUAUUGAUAUCCAUGACUGAUAUUGUGAAGUGUAUAGUGUAUAAUGAUCAUUUUGAUGCAAUAAUGACUGCAGACCCUAAUAUCUUCCAUAAAGACAAGGUACUUCAUGGAUACCUAGCAUUUAGCUGAGGCAUGUAUUUGUACCCGUUCUACCUAAGUCAAGACCAGGGCUCGUAUUCAAGAAACUGCUCUCAUGCUCAACCAUGGAUUCUGUGCUCAAAUCAACUUGCUUGUAACUCACUUAAAUCAUGUCACACGGUAAAAAAAUGUCAA